UGUGGAAGUGUGCGUACUGCCGUGUUCCAGAAAUACGACGGAUAACCUUUUUUGGCGCUUUUUCAUCUACGUAUCUACGGUUUUCAUUAAUUUGCGAUGUCUGAUAAUAGUUCCGAAUCGGAAGUACGACCCCCCGGUCCGAGGGAAGUCUUAGUGGAAGAGCACUCGGAUAGCGAGGAUUCGACUAUAGCUAGCACCUCAUCGGACGAGGAGGAAAGAAGAGAAAUACCCAAAUCAGAAAUCCCGGCAGAAUAUUGGCACAUACAGAAGUUGGUGAAGUACAUGAAAACGGGAAACCAAACCGCUACGGUAGUUGCCUUGUGCUGUUUAAAAGACCACGAUCUCAAAACGGAAAUAAAUCAACUGGCAAUUCAAGACAUUGGAGGAUUAGAAGUUUUAAUUAAUUUGUUAGAAACCAAAGAUUUGAAAUGUAAGCUGGGGGCUUUGACGGUCUUAACCGAGCUCACCGAAAAUCCGGAAAUACGCAAGUGCAUCGCCGAUUUAGGUGCCAUAGAUCUUCUCGUAAAGAAUUUGAGCGAUCCUGCUAGAGAUCUGCAAAUACUAGUCGGCGAGACCAUUUACAACGUUGCGCAAAUCAGAAAGGCGCGGAAACAGGUUCGGAAGUACGACGGUAUUCCUAAAUUGAUAGAUUUGUUGGACGUGAGUGAGCAUUGUUUAAUUACGCCUUGGUCUGAGCUCAGCGAGGACGAUAUGGAGUUCGUUCAUAUAGCCAAAGCGGCGGCUAGGGCGCUUUGGGCUGUCUCGCAAAGUCGGAAGAAUGUGAACGUUAUGAUGAAAAGCGGUUCCGUACCGCUUCUGGCUCGCUUGUUGAGAUCGAUCCACAUCGAUGUGGUAAUACCAACAGUCGGCACAAUCUCCCAAUGUGCCAACAAUCCUCAUUAUCAGCUAGCGAUUGAAACCGAGGGAAUGAUCAAGGAUAUUGUGCGACAUCUUUCCGCAGCGGAAUACCCUCAAUUGCGACGGUACUGCGCCGAAACGAUAUUUAAAUGCGCCGAAAACCCACUGACUAGAGACCAAGUAAGGGAGGCGGGCGGUUUGGAUCCCCUAGUCGCGAUGGCAAGAGACCCAAAGGCACGUGCCGAUAAACCGCUGCUGGCAGCGGUGACCGGUGCAAUUUGGAAAUGCGCUAUCAGCCCCGAGAACGUCGUAAGACUCGAUCAACUAAAAGCCGUACAGACACUGGUUGGAAUAAUUGGGAACGUGGAAGAAGCUUCCACCGUGCUUGGUAAUUCGGUGGGUGCGCUUUCAGAGUGUGUCAAGUUUGAGCACAAUCGGCAUAUAUUGAGAGGUUCCGGAGGAAUUCCCCACUUAGUUAAUUUGCUCAAUUUCGUUUUUCCUCCGCUAUUAGAAAAUGUACCGAAAGUGCUCAAGGAGUGCGCGGAAGAUGACGAGAGUAUGAGAAUAAUAGAGGAACUGGAUGGAGUAAGACUGAUAUGGUCUCUGCUAAAGAAUUCAAAUCCCAAGGUAAUAGCGAACGCGGCAUGGUCACUGGUUCCAUGUGUAAGAAACGCCCUAGAUUCCGGAGAAAUGGUUCGCUGCUUCGUCGGCGGCCUUGAGUUAAUUGUUACGCUGCUGAAGUCUACCGACAAUCUCGUUUUGGGGGCGGUCUGCGCCGCAAUUUCCGAAGUGGCGAAAGACAAGGAGAAUUUGGGGGUGAUGAGCGACCAUGGUGUGGUGCCGCUACUUGUCAAUUUAGUUAAUACAAAAGAUGAGAUGUUACGAGAGAAUCUUGCCUCCGCCAUUGCCUACUGCUCGACUUGGGGUUCGAAUAAUAAGCAAUUCGGAAGGUUGGGGGCGAUUACUCCACUGGUGAGUUAUAUGGCAUCUCGAAAUCCAAACGUACAUCGAACGACCGCCCUGGCACUGUACUACCUCUCCAAAAAUCCGUUCAACUGCAUUACCAUGCACGAAAGUGGCGUCGUGCCUUUCCUAUUAAAAACGGUGGGAUCGACAGACGAAAAACUGCAGGAAGCAUCCGCUGGGUGUCUGGGAAACAUUAGGCGAUUGGCGUUAGAAGCCGAAACCUACCACUUAAUCACCCGAGGUGAAAAGAAGGAAGAAAGUAGUGACGAGUUUGAUUAAGAUGUAUUUUUUAUUUGGAUUAAAGUGUUUUGUACAUUG